CCGCUGGCCUGAAAUAUCUGGAUAUUGUUCUUUGUUUCUACAGAGCACUUUCACUGUGGUUUGGUGUGCUUGGAAAUUUUACGCAAUGUCAAAUUGAUUCCUCAUUUUAGCCUCUAUCUCGACUCACCACUUGACCUACCACUUGUUGCCGAAUCACCAUGUUACAGCCUCGCAUCUCGUUGCGGGGUUUCCAAUACUCCUGCAAAUGCCUCUCUUCGGCUUGGUCGCGCACAUAUGCUACGGUUGUCCAGUCACAACCUGCGGUUCCUGAUCCCUCAGCUAAUGAAAGCGUUUCGUUUGCGCCUCCGCCGUCCCAUGAUAAAGGCGGGCUUGCUUUGAGAACCUAUAAGCCUCGCACUCCCGGCACAAGACAUCUUCGAAGGCCAAUAAACGAUCAUUUAUGGAAAGGACGACCGGUCAAGGAAUUGACGAUUGCCAAAACAGGCCAUGGCAAGGGCGGACGAAAUAACACCGGACAUGUCACCGUUAGACAUCGCGGAGGUGGUCACAAGCGAAGAAUACGGAUCGUCGAUUUUGAUAGAAAACAGCCUGGGCCACAUGUGGUGGAGAGAAUUGAACACGACCCCAACCGCAAUGCGCAUAUUGCUCUCCUGCGAUCCAAGCUUACAAAUAAGCUAAGUUAUAUAAUUGCCGCCGAGGGAAUGCGAGAGGGUGAUGUCGUGCAAAGCUAUCGCGCCGGUAUUCCCAAGGAUUUGUGGGAGAGUAUGGGCGGUGUUAUUGACCCUGGUGUUUUAGCUGCAAAGACUGCGUGGCGGGGGAAUUGCCUACCGCUGCACAUGAUCCCAAUUGGCACGCUGAUCUACAAUGUAGGAUUACAUAAAGAUAAAGGGGCCCAGCUGUGUCGAAGUGCGGGGACUUUCGCAACUGUUAUCGCGAAGUCUGUAGAAGGAUAUGACCCUGAAGCAGACACUAUUACAGACGAGAAAGGGGAGGUCAAGCAUUUGACCCUUCAGGACAAACACAGACUGAAGAAGUUGUCGGAGCACGUCACCCUUCGCCUCAAAAGUGGUGAAAUUCGGCUGAUUCACAAAAAUUGUUGUGCGACCAUUGGCAUUGCAAGCAAUGCAAACCAUCAGUAUAGACGACUGGGUAAGGCUGGUCGCAAGCGAUGGCUGGGUAUUCGACCUACUGUGCGUGGUCUCGCGAUGAACGCAAUGGAUCAUCCCCACGGUGGCGGUCGUGGCAAGUCCAAGGGUAACGUUGAUCCCAAAAGUCCUUGGGGUCUUCCGGCCAAAUCUGGUUACAGAACACGACCGAAGCGCAAGGUUAAUAAGGCGGUUGUCACGCCUAGAGAGCGCAACCAGGGCAAACGCCGGAGAGGCUACAAUUAAACUCCCGGUCACUCUUCGACGGUACUAUUACCACCAGCUCUUUGUAUGUACUAUAACACGGCAUUCAUAUCAUUCGGCGGGGCUGGCUGCGCCUUUAUAUUUCUCUCCCGUACUAGUUAUUUAUGUUAGAUUAUUCCCCUGUGCUAUGACGCGAUUUGUAUAGUCCAGGUGCGGAGUUCAUUGAUUAUUGACUUGAUGCAUCCGGAUGCGGUACGGAGUAGAAGAUAUGGUUUUCACCUUUAUUUUACCUUUUGCUUUGUGUGACGUAUUCUCCGUGGCUGUUCAGUAUAGAUCCACAGCGAACUGAUAUCGAACGAGCUCCCGCCGAUUGGCAAGGACUUGA